AUGUACUAUGAUGUGAAUUUGAGUGAUGAGUAUUCUGCAGAUGAAGUAAAAGGACUUGAGGAAAGUGAGUAUCAGGGAUUUUGUGUCAACAAGAAAGUGAAAGCUGGUGAGUUUGGGAGACUGAUGUGGAAGCCAAGGGAUCUCGGUGUUGAGAAGGGAUGCUACAGUAGGAUUGAGUUGGAGUUUGCUGAGGGGGAGGCGAUCAGCUACGAUCAGAAGAAGGCAAUGAAGAGCGAUGUGUUUGUGGUGAAGAUUGGAGGAGCAGGAGGGCUUGACAAGUUGAUAAAGCUGCAGCCUGACAUGAUUAGCUUUGAUUAUUCAAGUUCAGUGCUUCGACUGAAGUCUGGACUGGUGAAGACAGCAAUCAAGGAGAAUAUUUUUUUUGAGAUUCCAAUAAGGGAAGGAUUGUAUGGAGCUGAGCAGAGGGUGUGGUGGAUGCGGAAUGUGCGUAAGCUGCUUUUUGUUACAAAGGGAAAGAAUGUGGUCGUAAGCAGUUCAGCAAGAAGGCUGAGUGAGCUGAAAAGGGUUGAGGAUGUAGUUGUGAUGCUACAAAUGUUUGGAUUGAAGAGAAGACGCGCAGAAGAGGUUUUGCGCAAUUCCAAAAGGCUACUUGAGCAGUGUGCAAUGAGAAGGCACUGCAACAAAGGAAUGGUUGUGACUAGCACCGAUGAUGGAGCGCUGAAGAGAGAUUUUUUGGUGAAGAAGUACAAAGGCUUGAUGGAGAAGAGAUGA